UCCCACAAGGUAACGGAUAAAUAUAAAACAUUGGAUGUCGUCGUCGACAAAGAAGCGCAGCGCGUCCGGUGUUGAAGCUAUUCAAGUGGGUGGAGUGCUGCGCGCCAUAGCGCAUGGUCUUCGCGCAACCGGGCAGCGCCAGCAAGGAGAAGAGAGCCAGGGUCAGCAGUACUUCUUUUACAGGAUACUCAAAGCCGUAGGAGAACUUGCCAAGGGCGUUGGAAACGUGGUACAGGGAGCCGCUGAAGGUAUUGGCAACGCAGUCAACGCGCUCACCUUCAGCGACACCAAGGGAGUGGUCACCACUAAGGCUGCUGACAUACUUCACAAGCUCGUUAUUAAGGACCUCAGCUUGUAUGCUAGUGAAGACGACAAGACAUACAAGGACUUUCGCCAACAUAUUGCCGAUGACUUGAGUCACGUGGCCGAGUCAUUGAUCAAAAAAGGAGAGGGGCUCUGUUCUUGCCGGGGCCGUGCGCACCUAGACAAAAACGAAGCGAAGUUUGUACAGCUGGUUCUUGAGGCCUUCUGAAAGCAAAACUGCAACGUAUACGAGGCUGCCAUGCUUCACCGCUGCAAUUGCAGUGCGUGAAAGACUGAGUUGAGUUGAAUAAA